UUGGCAGCAGUAUGCUAAAUAUUUUCACAAGGCUAUUCAUUGAUAACUAAUGCACCAGGGUGGAUAUAGUUGCGUUUAAAAAUGUUUCGCAUUUAUAGCAUUUUGUUGUUUUCGGACAUUGUUUGGCGCACGGUGUCAGUUAGUAACUCCCUUCUGGGUACCUACACUGCAGUGAAUACUGAUGAGUUCACUUCUGUUCUGUGGCUUGAUGGCGAAGCAGUCGACUCCUACAGUAGCAAUGGCAUGGACAGCGUGCCCCGUAGAAAUUGGAUGCGUGAAGGCCAUGGCCAUUAUCUGUGGAAGUUUGUCAAACGCCUUAAUAUGGAGCACUGGAACAGAGGCAGAACUGACAUCUUAAAAAAAUACACAGGACUUAACAUGUCUGGUGCUGCUGUCCUGCAGGGGAGGUUUGGCUGUGAGAUCGAGAGAAACCCUGACUCUGGUAUAAAUCUUACGAGGACCUUUGCUCAGUACGGAUGGAAUGGAGAAGACUUCCUGUCCUUCAGCCUCAGCAGGCUUCAGUGGGAGGCUUCAGCAGGAUCUGCAGUCCCCAUUACAAGGAAGUGGAACAGGGACCAGAACAUCACCAUGGAAACUAAGAACUACAUAGAUUACAUCUGUGUAUAUCACCUGGAGAGAAGUUUGUCCUUUGAACCAGAGGAGAGCCAGGAGACAGCUCAGCCCACAGCUGCAGUAUUCGCUAAGAGAUCUCUGAACCCUGGGAAGGUUAUUCUGACCUGCCUAGUUUCAGGAUUUCACUGCAGUAACACGACGGUGGAGGUUUAUCGGGAUGAUGACAUCAUCACUGAAGAAGACGGCCUUUUGUCUUCUGGGAUCAGACCAAACAGGGAUGGGACCUGCCAGCUGAGAAAGAGUUUGGUCAUCUCUAACAGCACUGAGGCAUCGUAUAGCUGUGAAGUCCUGUUUGGAAGUCUUAAACGACUGGUCAAAUGGGAUGGGAAAAUAUGGGGCCAGGCUGAACCAAAGCAAGACCACAACACGAGACGUCACCACUGGUGGCUUAUGGUACCACUGGUGUUGGUCAUUGCUUUAUUACUUGUGUUUCUCAUUCGGAUCCUGAGGCGCAGAUUGUGCACACAGGUAAGAAACCGGAGAAAUUCCCAAUGGAAUUAUGUCCCUGUAGGAGCACUCCUAGCAUCUUAUCUUGUCUCUUACAUUGAGGGGUACCUUGGAAAAAUUGUGUACAUUUAUAUCAGUCCUAAUUACCAUAAAAUUGACCAUAAAUUAUAUGUGCAGUAAAGGAGGGGAGGCUAAUGGGAAUUCAGUGUUGUUGAUUCUUCCAUUUAUUUACUGACCAAAAAGACAAGUGAGAAGAAAUACAGUUUAUCAGUUUGAUAGAGAAGCAUUCCAUUUGCAGAGAUACUGCUGGUGCUAAACCAGUGAGUUUUUUUUUGUGAAGGGCAAGCAUGAUGCCCACUUGCUGAUUUCUGAAGGGUUACAU